AUGUCCACCACCAAGAACAUGACCGCCCGCCCAUCCAUCGGCUCCCCCCGAGUCUCCGACACCAGCAUCUCCACCACCUCCAGCCGCUCCAGCCGAUUCAGCCUUGCGUCGCGAGAAUUCAAACGCCAGUCCAAGCAGCUCCUCGUCGAGCCCUGGUACGGCAGCUACCGCUCGUGGCUCGCGCAGGUCGAGAGGGACGAGCAGGCCAUCAAGGCCCAGAAGGGCAGGAAGAAUUCCUGGUUGGCGGAUCUCAAGGGGACUUGCUAG